CGUUUCUAUGUUACCGUCGGCAUCUUGACGCGUUUUUAAAAUGUAUGGGCUUAAUGUUAAACUUAUUGUCAUCGGCGAGUUUAUAUGACUAAUUAAUAUUUUCGUAUUUAGUUCAGUUUCCAAAUGGGUUGUUUGAAGUUAUUCUCUACGCCGAGAAAGGUAAUGAAGUAUGAAGACUUUAUAAAACGCAUUCGAAAAAGCCUGUACUAUGGUUUUGGAACACCAGACACAGACAUGUCUGUCUCUUUACCCUUUGCGGAGUACGCGGCAGAUUUGUUUUCGGAGACGCACCGCGGCCAUUCCUUACAUCGGCUUAGUUGCAUAUCUGCUGCACAAGUGCAUGCCACGCCUUGCUCUUUAAUUAUGGCGUUGAUAUACCUAGAUCGCUUAAGUGUCAUCGACUCGGGCUAUAGCUGCAGAAUCACCCCACAGGAGCUGUUUGUUGUGUCACUAAUGAUUUCCACAAAAUUCUAUGCGGGCCAUGACGAACGGUUCUAUCUUGAAGACUGGGCCAGUGAAGCUAGUAUGACGGAAGAUAGGCUUAAGAUAAUCGAGCUCGAGUUUCUUUCCGCCAUGGGUUGGAAUAUAUACAUAUCCAAUGAGCUCUUCUUCGAUAAGUUAAAAAAUGUUGAACGUACUUUGGCUGAGCAGCAGGGACUUCGUAGAGGGUGGCUCACAUACAGUGAACUGGUGCAGUUGCUGCCUAGCCUUGAAUGGACGAAAUUUCUCGUUAACAGUCUAUCAGUACUAGCGAUAAGUUAUGCAGCAAGCAUAAUAACGUUAGCCGGAGCUUUUUUUAUUGCCAGCCAGGUUCCUGGCACAUUAUGGCAUCGGGAAGUGGAAACUCUUUCAAAAUUCACCAAAAUGACAAGUAGCAGCCAGACAUCUGUUCCGAAUGCACUAGAGCCCACUCCUUUUAUUAAUAUCGACGUAUCUUUACUUUUAUGUGAAACGAGUAACGUUAAAGUUGAAUUGAGGAAUGUUGAGGAGCCAAGCUGCGCAAAGGCAAGACUGAAUAAAAUUGAAUAUAAGUACCCGCGCCAUCAACCCGUACGUACGCUGUCAUUUAUAGGCACUUCUCCAAAACUUGAUAUAUUGUAUGACCAAGAUGGAGCAGGGAAUUGGCUUAAUAUUAAAUCGCCUUACAGCGACUACAAAAACAAUCGAAAUCUUUCCAAGGUUCGAACCCUGCAACUGGAAAAGCACAACGCUGAAAAUGUUUCCGUUAUUUGGCAUAUGAACACCGAAGCAAUGCAGUAAUUGUUUUUUGCCGCAAAAGUCAAGGAGGUGCUCGAUACUGAACUAAAAUAAUUAACAGAGCUUGCAAUACGAACUGCUUUCAUUUCUUCACAAAAGAAAUGUUCGUUAGUUGAAUCAACACACUUAAAUGUUGAAUUACUGCACAAAGAAAAAAAUUUUGAAUUUUUCGGUCUUAAAAACAAUAUCACAUUUUGUAUAUGUACGGGUGGAUACUUUUGAAAAACGUCCUGUUGUUAAACUAAAAUGAAUAAAAUAAGUUCGAUUAUUUUACAUUAUAUUGAAUUAAAAAAAUUUUAAGAAAAA